AUGUCGGUGGGCGGCGCAGGGCUAAUGUCGUGUGUGCGCGAGGGCUCCCUCGAGCCGCCGUACCGACCGCCGCAUGCCGAUACUAAUACACAUGGCGAGGGUCGCACGGGUCGGUUCUUGCGCGGUCUGCGUCGCAUGUUCAAGCGACGCCAGCGGUCCGACUCGCCCGACCACAAGAGUAGUUCCACCAGCGAACUAUUGGACCCUGACAGACAGAGGAGGAAGGAGGGAGCGUACGGCAGUGGUCUGUCUGUGUCACACGACUCAGUGUUCACGGGCGAGCGGUCCGGAGACGAGUCCAGCGAUGAGCGAGCCACACACACACGAUCACACGUCGCGACGCAUCGAGCGGAGUUAGUAGCAGCUGUUCGCAGACGAGGUCGUGGUGAUAGUGAUGAGGAUGAAGACCUGGGUCUGCCUCACAGCCCUCCCGCCUCCCCGCCAACAGACAAGGCUGAGAAGCGUCAUCAUGCCGGUAUAUCCCAGUCGUCGUGUAGCGAUGGGUCUCUCCUCAGCGUGGGCUCCUCGGAAAUGGAUGACGACAGCAGCAGUGGACAUCAGCUGGAGCAGACGAGACACGAACACUCUGAUGUAUACACAUCGUCCGAGCCACCGUCUGGCGUGGCGCCACUAUCGCACUCGGCCGCUCGACACAAGAUGGCGGUGAGGCCCAGACGAAACCACGCUCUGCCGCGGAGGAAAAAGAACAACUCGAUCGCUGCCUCAGCCUUGCCGAUAACUCCCGAGCUGAACGAAGAAAUGACACGAAGCACUACUCCUGAAGUCAUACUUAAAUCCUCAGAAGUCGUUACUGAAUCAUUCUCUUCGUCGACCACUGCGAAGCAUCAUAUGAUCGUUAAAGACCAACAGCAACAGCUGAACCGGGAACUACAGAAGGUUCUGGAAACACCGAGCGAUACUAAACUGAAAUCUUCAUCACUACCGCCCGGACUGGCUCUGAGUCAACUAGUUGGCCAAUCACCCGUCAAACUGAGCAUCGCAGAAAAUAAUACACCGAGAUCAUCCAUCAAAAGAAGCAAAUCAAGUACACAAGACCAACCAAUACGAGAGAGUUCACCGAAAAUAAACGAAAACCGACAAACUGAAGACAGAAACAAACACCGCUCGGACAAGAAACAAGCCGACGAAUCUUGCCUCGAAAAGAAAACUAAAUCAGAAAAGAAAGUAGAGAACGAAGUGAUUCGAUCUUCCAAAAAAGAGGAAUCGUUCUUCAGCAGACUGCUUCUGAGGAAAAGCGGAAAGAAAUCUAAAAAAGAUCAAACAGACGGCGACGGACAGCAGGAUAUUAAGAAAACGAAAACUGAGAAAACUACUGCCCAAUACAAACCAGUAGACUCGGGGUGUUACUACGAACAAGGAUAUAAACACAUGGACAGGUCUUAUAAAACAGCCGGGCAGAAAGCAUUCGCUAAUCAAAUGCACAAGAGAAUUGAUAACAAAGGAGCCUACGUACACGAGGGCGCGUACAAAGACGUUUACAGCGCGGCCAAAAUCACAGGAGUCGAUUACAACAUAGAUCUCAAAGCCGCAGAGGAAACAGAUAAAAUGUUGAACUACGAAAUGAAAAACAGAUUCAGCCGAAGAGACGAGUUCUGCGAGAAAAUUGAAAAGAAACGUUCUACUUCCAAAGAGGCGAUCGAUGAUAAGAGGGAAUCUUUCAAUUUGCAUCACGAUAAAUCGAAAAGACCAGCCUCCGUACAAAGAUUGAUCGAACCUUUCUCAACAAAAACAAUUCUCGCCAACGAACUCGCUGUCAGAACAGACGAAGACAGUCUGUCUCCUACAUUCGAAGUUUCCGACGAAGAUUCCAUUAGAGGCAUGAGAAUAAAGAGCGUUAAUAACGAUUGCGUAUUCCACAGCGGCAGUAUGCCUAAAAAUAUACCGUAUUUCAAUCCGAGCAUCUCAAUUUCCAUGUCACCAGCGAAAAGCAAGACUCACAGCUCUGAAAACGUUAAAUAUAUGAGCCGCUCCACUGAAUCAGACUUUCACGAGAAGGAAAUAGUCAAACGAGAAACUAUACAUCACGCUUGUAAGACCGAAGAAUCCUACGUCACAUCCGGUUUGAGAUCACUGGGCGACGAAUAUGUUGAAACUAGAAGCAGUAUCGGCAAAUCUCACAGUUUUCGUUACGCGUCCCAAUCAUCUUCGAUCAGUUCCCAAGAAAAUCAACUACCAAGUCUACCAGCUAUCGUGGGCAUCUCUGAACCGCUAUUGGAAAGCUGGGAAGUGAAUUAUAGAAGAAACGUUAGUGAAAGACAUGAUCAUUCUAAACGUAUAUCGGCCAGGAACUAUAACAUUCUUUCCGGUGAUUCCGAGACUAAUUACGAUAGUCUACCAAGCACUGAUAGCAGUUACCUAGACAGUCUCAAACAAGAUAUGAACGAUGAAAGAAAACUGUUCACAAACAGCAUUCAAAUAACAAUAGAUACUCACAAACGCGACAGCGAUAUAUCACAGAUCGAGGCUAAAAUAGACGACAUCAUCAGCUCACCAAAGCCUAUAAUAACUCCAAUACUCAAAUCUAGUUCUUUAGAUAGCGUUAAAAGUAGCCCAGAAAAACCUGCUGCGGAAAGACGGAAGACCAUUUCAGUAGAAAGUGCUAUAGGACAGAGCACGAAAAAUAUACAAAAAGAUUCAAAGCAAGAAUCUGAGGGAUUUAUUUCAGUGACACACAUAAAUAAAGAUAACGUCCCAGUUGUGAUAAAGGCUGUUGAAAUAUCUAAGAUAAAUAAAAGCGAUGAGAAAAUACAAAAAACUGGAACCAAAUCAGGAGUACCGGAGUUUCUUAAUAUACAACUGAACAAGGUUGACGCGAAACCGAUUACUAAUGUUGUAUUAACAGCUAACGUGUCGCCAAAAAAGAUUGAUAGUCCUCAACCAGAAAAGGAACCGGUUAUUGAAAAUUUUGCUACCGUUGAGACGCAAAUACCACAAAAUAUAAAAACGUGUAAGGAAAUAACGAAAACGGUUGAUGUCAUUGAAGCUAUACAAGUUGAGGAGAAACCAAAUGUGAUCGCUGCCAAAACUCUGAACACACCAACACCACAAAGUCCAAUAACACCGAAACAUUUCUUCAAAAAGAAAUUACUCAGCGUCGACUCACAGGAGAAAAUAGACAAACAAAGAACCAGUUCCGUCAGCACUGAAGGAAGCAUCGAAAAGAUCGACAACAUAUCCAUUGACCAAAAGUCACAUUCGAGUUUCGGUAGCAAAAGUUCGAUUCAGAGCAUCGACAGCGACGAAAACAAAUUACAAGACAGACAAGAAGAAGCGGUUGUUUAUAGAAGAAAACCUAUCGGAAAAGACUCCAAAAAACAUGACGAUGAACCAGAACUCAUGAAAGUAUUCGCGAGACGAUCCCUUAAACUCAAAGACUCAGAAGCCGACCACAUAGCGCAGGACAUAGCCGAGACCAAAAACGAAAACGCAUCCAGAUCCAAAACGCUAAAGAACGAAUUCAACGCUUCCAUCAAAUCUAGAGACAGCGACAAAGAAAAUGAGGAACAAAAAGAACAAGCGUUUGAAAAUAAACUAGUGGAUAUCGCAGCGAGAGUUAGUCAGUUUGGAAACUAUCAAAGAAGCGUUAGCAUCAAUAGUGUGACUCCCAAACGAGAUAGCGCACCUACCUUCAGAAGUGACAUAAAUAAAUACAAAAAAGAAGUAUCAGAUUCCACUCCCGAGAAGAGAUUGAGAAACAGAACCUUCCCAGAUUCAUCCAACGACAGAGACGACAUCAAAAACAUCACGAAAAAUGACGCUAUGGGAUAUAAAGCAGACACACUCACUAAGAGACCCUGGCAGAGAAACGAAUUCAGACAAGUUGAGAAAGAGAAAGUAGAGGUUACGGUAGAAAAGGAUGGAAACAAUGAGAAAAGCGAAAGUGCGAAAGAGAAGGAAGAAGCGGACGCUUCACCACAGUUCAAAGGUAUACUACAAAUGAGAGCGGAGUGGGAGCGACGAGCUCAAGGAAUGACCAAAUAA